CUUCCAUUUUGUACAGAAACAGAGCCUGCAGAAACCGCCCAUGUUAAAUACGUUUAUUAUCCGAGUAUAAAUUACACACAGUAGAGGGGAAAAAAACGCAGUAAACUUCGAGCGUGAGAGAGAAGGCACUUUUUGUAAGGUCUACGGACGCUUUCAGCCCUCAUUCAAUGCUUUCCCGAACUCCCCACCCCCUUUUCUCGCAAUUCCACCAUACAUUCAGUUGCUCCAUCCUUCCCACCUCUGUUCCUUUCUCAAAGUAUCCUUGUAUUCAGGCAGAGACGGAAAUGGAAUGCGUGGAAGCUGCGUUGAAGACCAGUUUUAGGAAGGAAAUGACGGUGAAAUCGACCCCACAGUUGGUUUUCCAGGAUUUGUCGCCUGGAAAUGGGCAAAAUGGCGUGGGUUGCGACGAUUUUUUUGUGGACGAGCUCCUAGACUUGUCUAAUGAAGAUGGGUUUGUGAAGGAAGAGCCGGCAGAAGAAGAAGAGGAACAAGAGGAAGAAGAUAAGGGCUUUGUCUCUGUUUCCCAUCAACAGGACCACCAAAAUUCCAACAAAGACGAGUUUGGCUCCGAACUCAGCGUUCCGACCGAUGAUUUAGCGAACCUGGAAUGGCUGUUUGUCGAGGAUUCUUUUCCCGAAUUCUGCACUCCUUACCCAGCCGGAAGUUUAACGGAAAAGCCUAAGAACGAAGGGCCGGAACCGGAACUGGUAAAGCCGUGUUUCAAGACUCCUGUUCCAGCUAAGGCUAGAAGCAAGCGCACGAGAACCGGAGGCCGAGUUUGGUCCCUUAGGUCCCCGUCGCUGCCCGAGUCGUCCUCGAGUUCAACCUCCUCGACCUCUUCCUCGUCCCCUUCAAGUGCUUGGCUCAUAUACCCCACGGCGGCCCAGAAGGCGGGACCGGUCGAGACAGUUUAUUCGGGGGAAAAACCACCAGCGAAGAAGCAGAAGAAAAAAACGACGCCGGGGGAGCCGGCGUCAGUCUCUGUUGGGGCCCAGCUACCGAGGCGGUGCAGCCAUUGCGGUGUCCAGAAGACACCACAGUGGAGAACAGGUCCGCUCGGAGCGAAGACGCUGUGCAACGCUUGUGGGGUCCGGUUUAAGUCCGGUCGGCUCCUGCCCGAAUAUAGGCCCGCUUGUAGUCCGACUUUCUCAAACGAACUGCACUCCAAUCAUCACCGGAAAGUGCUGGAGAUGCGGCGGAAGAAGGAGUCGCCGGGCGUGACCCAGUCCGAUUUGGCUGUCCCUGCGGUGUCCAGUUUUUGAGAAAAAACUCUAAAAAAAAAAAAAUCUCGUUAAAAAACAAAAAUUUAGGGAAAGGGAGAAGAUUAGGAGAAGAACCGGAGACACAGAGUGAACCGGGUUCGAACGGGCCAUAGUUAGUGUAUAUUCUUUCCAUGGUGGGUGAGUUAGAAUGUUUUACUUCAAGGAAUGUAAGUUGUAACUUAAUUAGGGAGACUUCAAUAUGUAACUUUCUUUCUUUGUUUUCUUUUUCUUCAGAUAUUAUAUCCAUUCCUAUAUUGGUAUUU